AAUACUAUGAUUGUUCAUAAAGGGAAGCUUCCCGUAACAGUGCAACCCUUAUUAUAUGAGUAGGAAGCCAUCAAAAAUGUCUUCCAGUGGCACUCUCAGUAACUGCUAUGUGGACGCUAUAAUGGGGCAGGAGCCGGAGGAUGUGUACGGUGCUCGCUUUAUUCAGGCUCCACACGCGAUGACCCCGAGGCCGUCAGGUGCUGGGGACAACGCAGACUUUUCCUCGUGUAAUUUUGCACCGAAAUCCGCUGUUUUCUCGCCGUCCUGGUCCUCAGUUCAUCCUCAGGGGAUUUAUCAUCCAUAUGUGCACCACCACCACCACCACCAGUCCCAUCUGCCUGCGUCGGACGGGAGAUACGUUAGCGUCCGACCGUGGAUGGACCCCAUUUCGAACCACGUUUCGUUCGCCGGAUUCCCCUCCAGCAGUCGGUCGUACGGGACAAAGCCAGAGGUCUUGCCAGCUAAAUCUUCAGAUUGUGACACGUUGGAAGCGGAGGCUCGGCCGCUUGCUGGCGAAUUCACGUGUGGAGUAUCGGAGUGUCCAGAAAAAACAACCAAAGAACACAGUGGAAGUGAGCUUUCGAGCCACAGCGAACCCAAAGAGGAAAAACAAAAACUUGACCCAAGUAACCCUGCAGCAAAUUGGAUUCACGCACGCUCGACGAGAAAGAAGCGAUGUCCCUACACAAAAUAUCAGACUUUAGAGCUAGAGAAGGAGUUCCUCUACAACAUGUAUUUGACAAGAGACCGGCGCUAUGAAGUCGCUCGCAUACUCAGUUUAACGGAGAGACAAGUGAAGAUCUGGUUCCAGAACAGGAGGAUGAAAAUGAAGAAGAUGAACAGAGAGAGGAACGGCAAGGAGCAGCUAUAAGUCCGGUGCUGGUGCCGUUUCACACAUUCUGACGUUUGUACCAAGGAAGCCAUGUGAACAAUUAUAAUGAUUUUUGAUAGGAGCCUCCUUAGCCAUUUUAUUUUUUUUAAUCUUAUUAUUAUUAUUAUUAUUUUUAACAUUUAUUAAGUGUCAGCGUUCUGGGGUUAUUUGGCCAAAUAUGCAUCACACGUGCAAAAAAUUUGCCUUGAUGAGACCCACAGAGGAUUUGUCGAACAAUGUUUCAAGCCAACUGAAAGUUUUACGCAACAAAGUGGGAUGUUUACGCAGCAGGAAACAUGUAUGUGUAUUGCUGUUAUUUGGAGUUGUGUGUGUAUAUAUAUAUAUAUAAAUAUAAAUAUAAAAAGAAUUCAGAGCAACUACUUCGACUGCUGUCUAUGUCACUACACACACGGGACGCAGUUUUAGUAAAGCCAGAAUUUACCCAGUUUUAACGACAUUUUGCUUAAAAUCUUUGUUUUUAAAACCUCCUAAAUUAUUUUUUAAGCUUUCAUACAGUUCAUGACAAGGUGCCAUGUUUAGGAAAGGAAAAAUCUCCCUUUAGUCUAAAUCAAAAAUAAAUGCAUAAAGAUUUUAUCCUUUAUUCGUAUUUUUGACAUGUUGACGUAAGCACCUUGCUCUUUAAUUUAUUUGUAUUAGACCAAAGCAUAUCCCCUAAGGCCUUACUUAUCCAAAUGCGGUUUAUCGAGGCCAUGUAACCUAAUAGAGAAUAGCACUAUUUAACAUAAUAUUAAAUAUGUAAUGGCUGGAUGUUCUUAUUAGCAGCCCACAUAUUAAAAUUAUAUUAACCCCCCACUAAAUAUUAUUUAAAACAUCUUUAAAAAUAACUUUAAAAAACGGAAGAUUUUAGUGUUUUUUUGAAAAGUAGUGCUCCAAGUCAUAAAAUGUUUGCUAUUGGGAGAGGUGUUGCGGCGAAUUUCCAAUUUAUGGUCCAACUUGUACGAACAAUUACUUUAAAGCAGGAAGAACCGCGGUCCAAUAAAGCUAUAGAAAUGGCUAGACGUCUG